AUGGAGAUGCAGGAAACAUCAGAGCCAGGUUUUCCUGUUGCAAGAGUUGUUAGAAACCCAGCGUCGAGAGGAAAGACUGUAACCAAAGUGAAAAAAGAACUUGCUGAUCCUAAAGAGAAGAAUCAAUCAGGCACAAAGUCAAAACCUGAUUUAAAAGACAAAAAUGAAGAAAGCCAGAUAAUCAAUAUAAGCGACGUUUCACGCCCAGUACAGUCUAGACGAGUACAGAUCCCUUCCCUGCAAGAUGAAGACGACUCAGCGAUUGAAGCUAUGAAGAAACGCUUAGAUAAGCUGGUGGAACAUGCAAAAAAUCCACCUGCUGAGAAGGAAAAAAGGGGACGCAGCCUUGCCCCGACCCAGGUUUCACCCUACCUUGGUAACUCAGUGGUGAGACGCAUCAUGGACCCAGCAGGUCCCCCUCCUGGGAGGUAUGAUCCUUUUGAAGCGGUGGACAGUCGAAUACUCGAUAAUCUAACCCGCUACGUAGCUUUUGAAGCGGAAAAACAGUUGGAGAGUCCAUAUGCAGGAGGAGAAUUUUACGUGACACUAAUGACCCCUAAAGAAAGCUGGCCGAGAAAGGAGUAUGGGUGGUUGCAUGAUCAGACUUGUAAAGCUGCGUGCAAAGGAUUAGACAUGUUCCGGCAACGGUCUAUGCGGUAUCCAUCUCCUUACAAAGGGGGAAGAGUUGCUUUCAUUGAUCCUAUCUUUUGUCGAGUUUGGUGUGGAGACUAUCGAACCAAAUUUCUACCAAACGAGAAGAGUUGGAUAUUCAGUGAUGGUUAUUUGGACGUUGCCAACGGUCACUACGACCAUUACUUGCCUACACACAAGAAAUGGGGGACAGAUGUUGAUUUCGUAAAAGGCGAGGUGGAGGAGUCUGUGAAGCCCUACGCGAGGAUGAUUCCGCUGUUGUUGAAACAUAUGGCACCACCGGAGCUCAAGAAGGGUGAUUGUGGCGUCUUUACUUUGAAGACCAUUGAGUGUUUGGCUUUGUGCCAUAAAUGGGACCAGCUGAAAGAUAGCAACAUGCCUCUCAUUCGUAUAAAAUACGCAGCUGAGAUUUUUGAUGAGGUACAUGAAGCAGAAGAAUCCCGGAUGUCUGAUCCAAACCCUCGAAGUUUAUUUGAUGACAAGUACGGUUUACAGACAGACUCCGCUAACUGA